UGUCCCUAACUGACGAGCUGGAGAGCCACUUUUCUGCAACCCCCUACAUGGUGACAGACACAAGCGAGGGCAGCCUGUUCAGAAUCAGACCCAACGCCUCCGCCAAUGCCACCGGGGACGGCACAUCAGCCACCGGUUCCGUGGAGGACAUGAUCGCUAUCUGCACCAUUGGGACAAUCCUCUCCCUCAUGUGUGUCAUUGGGGUGACAGGCAAUGUCUACACCUUGCUAGUGAUGUGCCAUUACUUGCGAUCAUCUGCUUCCAUGUAUAUUUACAUCAUCAACCUUGCGCUGGCAGACCUGCUCUACCUUCUCACCAUCCCCUUCAUUGUCGGGACCUACUUCAUUCAGAAAUGGUACUUUGGGGACAUUGGCUGUCGCGUCCUGUUCAGUCUGGACUUCCUCACUAUGCACGCCAGCAUCUUCACCCUCACGGUCAUGAGUACAGAGCGCUACUUUGCUGUGCUGAAGCCCCUGGACACAGUGAAGAGGUCCAAGAGUUACCGAAAGGCCAUUGCUGUUGUUAUCUGGCUGGUGUCACUGUUGCUCACUCUCCCAAUGCUCAUCAUGAUCCAGCUGGUGCAACGGGACAACAAAAGCAUCUGCCUGCCUACUUGGAGCAAGCUGUCCUACAAAGUCUAUCUCACCAUCCUUUUUGGUACCAGCAUUGUGGGUCCAGGGGUAAUCAUUGGCUACCUUUACAUCCGAUUAGCUAAGAUUUACUGGGUGUCACAAACAGCAUCCUUCAAGCAGACCAAGCGGCUCCCAAAUCAGAAGGUGCUCUAUUUAAUCUUCACAAUAGUGCUGGUGUUCUGGGCUUGCUUCUUACCUUUCUGGAUAUGGCAGCUUCUCUUCCAGUAUUAUGAAUCCUUCCCUUUAUCUCCCAAGGUGAUGAAGAACAUUAAUUACCUAACAACUUGUCUGACCUACAGCAACAGCUGUAUCAACCCCUUCCUCUAUACCCUGCUCACCAAAAACUACAGGGAGUACCUGAAGAACAGACAGCGGUCCCUUAGCAGCAGCAGUGGGUACUUCCAAAGGAGGAACCGGUUUCAGAGGAUUUCAGGGAGAUCCCUGUCCACAAGCAGUCAGCACUGCACAGAGACAUACGUUCUUGCUCACGCUCCUUUGGGAAACAGCAGUGCCUGA